AUCAAAGUUAGACUUAUCGAAAUUAAGAUGUCAAGCCAGAAAACUGUCGGUGUAAUGUUGGUCUUAUGCAUGGUGAUGACGACAACAUUACAUGCAAGUGAAAUGGAUGAUGUAUCAUGUUCAGAGGCAAUUUUAUCUCUAUGGCCAUGUCUACCUUUUCUGGAAGGUUCUCUUCCACCAACACCGUCUGCUGAUUGUUGCACUGGAGCUAAAAAUUUGUUCAAUAAGGCAAACACAACUCCUAUUAAGAGAAAGGUCUGCGAGUGUCUCAAAGAUGCUUCUACUAAAUUUGGAGUUAAACCAGACAGGACUGCACAACUUCCACAACUUUGUCACAUUCAAUUGCCUUUUCCAAUUGGUCCUUCUACUGAUUGUAGCAAGAUUGAAUGAUUCUACAUUAGGAUUAGAUCGUGAUGAAUAAGACUUGAAGAACUGCAUGGAGGAGUUUUUAUUUUGUUAAUCUUUCUAUAAUGAAAAGUUAGAUUAUAUCAAUAAGCCGUCUGAAAAAGUUGAUGUAUUUUUAGUGAAAUUUAUAAAUGGAAAAUAAAGUCAUAUUUUUAUUAUCUAUU